AUGCCGCUGUACAAGAUCACAUCGCGCCGCCUUGCACGUAGGGAGCGGGAGGAGGAGCUCGGGAUUGCAGAUCUGCGGGCUGAGAUGGGCGUCGAAAGUGAUAGCGACGAGAGCGAUAGCGAUAGCGGCAGCGACGAGGGCGAGUCCGACGAGGACGAGUCUGAGGAGGAUGGGGAUGAGUCUGCGGAUGUUUCUGGCGAUGAGGAAGAUGUGUCUGCUGAGGAGGAGGAGGAUGGUGAGGAUGAGAACGACGAGGAAGAUGAAGAGCCAACCAGCUCGAAACGAAAGCGCGACUCGUCCGGCAGCGGCGAGGACGAGGACGAGGACGAGGAAGAGAAGGUCCCCUUCCCUAUCCCAAUCGACGAAAUCGCCACCCAGCCAUUAUACGGCAUCGCCGAAUCCGACUUCCCCGUCUGCUGUGUCCUUUGUCCGGAACGCGUGCUCAAGAAUGCGUAUAUGGCUGAUGAGCAUUUGGGCAGUGCGGCUCACAAGCGCGCGCUGAGGCGUUGGGAGAGUCAUAUUGCCGCGAACCCGCCCAAGGAGGGGGCUGAUCCACGCGAGGUCGUGGAUGAUAUUGUUGCUGGGAUGAGGGAGGUGGGGAAGGGGAAGAAGGAGGGGAAGAAGAAGGUGAAGAAGGCUAAGCGGCAAACGGCUGCUCCGGCUGAGGAUGGGAAGGAGGAGGAGGAGGAGGAGGAGGAGGAGGAGGAGGAGGAGAAGAAAGAGGCGGAGGUAAAGGAGGUAAAGCAGGCCAAGAGCAACAAGGCCAACAACGCUGCCACCGGCGGCGCAGCGCUCAACCGCCGCCAGCGCCGGGAACUCGAGCGCGCACAGAAGGGCAAGCCUGUGCCCCAACCUGCUGGGAAGCAGAGUGCCGCAGCCGCGCGGAGGGCUGCACAGCGCGAGGCGCGCCUUCGGAGACAGAGCGAAAGUGGAGGCCGGGCUGAGCGGCGAGCCGAGGAGAAGGCGGCCAAGAAUGACGACAUGGCCGACAAGCGAGACAAGAAGCGUGCGCGCAAGAGUGUUCCAUAG